AUGUGCAACAAGGCUCAAGAUGCCAGACCGAGCGGUACACGACAUCUCCUCCCGACAGUUAUUGCGGGGUGGGUGUCAGUGAUGUCUUCACUCAUUCUCAGACGCGUCAUACUAUUCUACCUCGAUGAAGAACAUGAGAUGAGGUUUGGCUCCUAUGAUCUACAAGAAAAGAAACAGAAUUCAGAGUCCGGCCGUCAUCUCUCCGCCGUCGUCUCAUUACUUCUUCUCAACGUGUAUUCAAUCUCGACCUACUCCUUCAACUUUUUUAGACGAAAUGAUCUGUGGAAAAAUCGGAUCAUUGCAGGCUUCUUUGCCAUCAGCGUUAUUGCUGCGGGCGUGACAACGGCGGCACUGGGAGAUGACGGGAACAGCUUUGCAGACUUUGCCGCCAUUACACCGCUUCUUCUCCCCUUGAGUCUUUGGUUCAGCACCAUAACUCACUCCAUAUGGUAUCGUUGGCCAUUGUGGCAAAAUGCAUCACAACGGCGCCCAGGCGAUGAGAAGGUAUCACAGUGA